UGGGAUAACGUUUUGGGCAUGUUGAGAAGUGCAACGUAGAACGUUUCAGAUAGAAAUACAUUUUCUUUUAACACCCACUGCGUUCUAUUCCAAUUGGCAUAGAAUAUGAUUUGUUCUGUACGGUGGAUAUCUUUGUGGGGCGUUUUGUAACGUCGCAACUUGCCUCAGGAAUGGAAUGUGGACUCCAACCUCCGCCACAAAUUCGGAUUUAGGCUAGGGACAGAUUUGACAGACGCUGAGCAAGUGUAUACUUUAAAGUUUACUGUAAGAUUUGUUAAUGAUUUAAGCUUUAGUUUUUUUUUUGCGCCAACUGUUUGUUUACCAGCACUAGUUGUUAAUAAACGGGAGGAAUUCCAUUUAAGCGAAUACAGAGGUCCAUUUUGUUAUUUUUGCGAAUUCGAGCAGUUUUCCCUCUGAAGCGUUGUGUGUUAGCGGACAUAUAGCUUUAGCUGGCUUUGUUGCGUUGGCGAAAACACACGGCGAAAGAAGACCGAACAAAAGAAACCAGGAAAAGACCUAGCGUUAUCCAUAACAUUUGUAGUUAUAUGCAUAUUAUAUUUAGCUAGCUAGUGUACUAGUUACGUUACCUAUAAACUGAAAACUAACGUUAGCAACAGCGAUUAAUCAUUUUGAGCGACAGCCUUUGAAGAAUUAAGAAAGGACCAUUCAAAUGGUUGAGGUUUGUAUUUCAACGAAAACGAGAUUCCAGCUGGUAGCUACUGGGCUACUUUUGUCGAGUGAUAUACACCUGGACAAACAAGAGAUAUUGAUUAGCUAGCUGACGCCAGCUGCAUCACCAAUUUUGGGGACAAUAACUAACGUUCGCUAGUGAGCUGGUCAACUCGUGUGAUUAUUGGCUAGAUUCGAGUUUGCAAAUACGGACAAAGAGGGGAACAACAAGCCAAUAUUUUUGUGGGGCUACAUUUUGAACACUCAUCAUUCAUCGUAUUUGGGAAGGAAAACAAUAAACAAGGAAUUGACAUGAUGUUUCCACAAUCCAGACAUUCAGCUUCAUCGCAGCAGCUGAAAUUCACAACCUCCGAUUCAUGUGACCGAAUCAAGGACGAGUUCCAGUUCCUCCAAGCACAAUACCACAGUUUGAAGCUGGAGUGUGACAAGCUGGCCAGUGAGAAGUCUGAGAUGCAACGUCAUUAUAUCAUGUACUAUGAGAUGUCCUAUGGGCUGAACAUCGAAAUGCACAAGCAGGCUGAGAUUGUGAAGAGAUUGAACGGGAUCUGUGCCCAAGUCCUCCCCUAUCUGUCCCAGGAGCACCAGCAGCAGGUCCUGGGAGCCAUUGAGAGGGCCAAGCAGGUCACCCCUCCAGAGAUGAACUCCAUCAUCCGGCAGCAGCUCCAGGCUCACCAGCUGUCCCAGCUCCAGGGUCUGGCCCUGCCCAUGACCCCUAUGCCUCUGGGCCUGAGUCAGUCAACCCUGCCGGCCGUCACCUCCUCUUCAGGCCUCUUCUCCCUCUCCUCCAUCCUGGCCUCGCAGGCCCAGCUGGCAAAGGAGGAGAAGGCUUCUCGCGAGGGAGCUGACAGCCACCGUGAGGAGGACGGGGACAAGUCCGACUAGAGCUCCCUCCCGCCCUCUACCGCAUAUUAACUACCGCUGCGUCAGAGGGCUGUGGUCCUGUAUAUCUGCUAUCCAUGCCAGUCCCUCUCCUCUACCCCAUCUCCCCCUUUAGUCCUCCGACUUCUACGGCCUAUCUGAUGCAUUUGCCGUCAUUCCAACUGCUUCAAUUUGUGUACAGUAUAGAUUUUUUUACUAUCAUUUCUUUCAUGUAUAUAUCUUUUUAUUUUGUAUUUUAUUUUUGUGAUUUGAGCUUGACUUGUCUUUUUGCUCAUUUGUUUUUCCCUCAUUCUGCUCCCUUUAUGGCCCAGUGGUAAAUGGAUCUGUGUUUUUACACCACCCUGGCUGAGCGUCUCCUUCCUCUCUUAUUUACCAAGGCCCAUCUGGGAGCCUGAAUGUCACAUAGUAUAAGUGGAAUAACAAACCAGAAGAGAUCCAACAGACAGGCUCGCGUCACCCAGAUCUCUAGCCUCUGUUGUGUCAACUUGAUUCAGUUGGUUGACGUGAGGUAACUCUCACAAUACUGUUUUCAUAAACCGACUUUUAGACAAGCAACAGCAAAAACUGUCUGUUAAUGUCUGAAUCUUAGCGUCAAAAUCCUGCAUUAAUAUCAGUGAGAAAAUGUUCUGAACAUUUGUUGGCCUCGCUUUGAUUUUCAGGUUAGGAUUCCUCCCCAGGUUAAGAAGAAUCGUUGAAAGAUGUCAGUCUUCUUGGUGAAGCGUGUAACUUGGUGACUCCAGUCCCCAGAGAGCCCUGUCUAACCCACUGAGCUACUUUAGAUUGCUUCCAUGAAAGGCAUGCUAUCAAUACUAUCAUAACAGUCUGAAUGUACAGAUCGCAGCGAUGAUUAACAUUGUGCGAGAUAGAAAACACCUUCAGAUAUUUUCUCUCCCUAGUGGUGAUGCAGUAGGAGAGUGCACGUUGCCUCUUCAACACUAGAAAGCAGUAAGUCUUUUAGAAAGCAGCUCUGACAUCCACUGAGUCACCUCUUUUGAACAGGGAUCUCUGGUCUAUUCUAGGAAACAGGUUGACAUCUCGGUCUCUCAUGUUAGGCAGCGGCAUAGAACAAAAUGUCCACUGCGCCCACUAUCUUGUCACUCAAAAGAUGAGUCUCUGUAAGAAGAAAUUAUGCAUGAUUUAGCUCUCGUAUAGAAUACAAAUACAGCACUCACAAAUGUGGAUGCAUUGUCCAUGGCCAAUGAAUAGUUUUAAAUGAACGUUUUUGAUCAGUCAUUUGAGUAGAUGAAGCACAAAUCGCCAUUAUUUUGGUGUGCAUUUACAUUUCAAAAAAUAUAUAUAUAUAUAUAUAUAUAUUUUCUACAAACCCCAACAUGUUUCUCUCAGCCUGUUGGAGAAAGUGUGUGAUUAUUAGCUCGACCUGUAAGUGCCGCUGUAGGCUAGAACUAAAGGUUGAAUGGUAUAGAAGAUGUGAAGCUGACUGCUGGUUUUACUGUACGAUUGGGAAGGGAUUGGUGUUAUUGUCUGACCAUUGCUUUGAUCCCAGCCUGUUAUACAGCGUGUGAUGUAUUGUAUGUGUUUUGUAUUCCCCUUAUAUUAAUAGACAUCCUCUCUGUUUGAUGGUGGGUUACACUGUGAGGGUGUAGAGAUCUGUGUAAAUGUCUUAGAUAAAGUGUCACAGGAAAACUGAUUUCAUAGCCGUAUGUGAAUGCAUUCAUUAACCUCUGUGAUAUAGAUUUGAACUUUGGUCAGUCAGUGGUGAGCCUGGGAUUGACAUGUGGCUUUUGUUUUAAGUCUAAUACUGCUUGUGAACAGCACAACUUACUCUUAUCGACGUAAACAGUAGUGAUAUGCAAUGCGUGUGGGUAGAUGCACACAAACGCAUGUCUCUUGGAACUGUAUGCCUUUCUAUUAGCCACGAAAUGUUUUAGUUUGGUCCACAUUUUCUGUGAUCAAUACACUUGUUUGAAUAUUAUCGCUAUGAAAUAGAAAUGAGAGUAAAAAGCUUUUAAAGAUUCCGCUAAAUUAACGAUGUAUUUGUUUAGUAGUGGAGGGCCAGUUUAUGUAUACAGUUAUACUUCUAAAGCUUUAUGUGUGGGUGAAAACGCGCUAUGGUGAUAAUUUCACUUAUGUUAUAAAAUACAUUUUGCCAAGACAAAUAAGGUUCUUCAUGUUGUGAAUCGAUCAGUUGGGUCUCUCUAACAUAUCAUUCCCAUUAUAUCCCAAAAGUCGGGUUUCAUAAACGAAUACAUCCGAUAAUAAGCACUGAGUUCUGUUGACAGAUAGCGGUGCAGGUUUCGCAUAACAACUUUUGAGGAUUUGACAUUUUGUGGUCGUCUUCAAAGUUUCCACUGGUCGCAUGAAGCUAAAUUGGCAUGAGCUGAAUUAAAUGUAAAAGGCUUUGAAAAUACGCUCAUUGCUCUGUUUUGGAGAUACACUUGUUUUUGUGAGGAAUCUUCAAAAAGGAAUAGACAUUUUGAAUUAAUAUGAAAACCAUAUACUAAAAUAAGAAAGUACUACGUCAUGUCUCAAAUCGAUAUCCAUAUUACCUCUAAUUUAUGUCCUGCGGCUUCGAGAAGGAAGAUGAGUUCAAUGGGAAAGUGAGCCUGUCAGGUAACCAGUAGCCUUAAUUCUUGCACAGAAUCCAGCCUAGCUGACACAAUGCAAUUUUCCAGAUUUUUGACCCAGUUUUUUUCUCUGGCUUCCAUUGAUUGUCACCCUAAUUCUGGCCAUCCUACAAGGGUACACACUCCAAUAACGUUUGAAUGGAUUAUGAUAGAGAUAUGAGGUUUGGACCAUUGGUUUUCUUAGAUGAGUAACAUUGUUUUACCAAUUGGUCAAAAUAUGCGUUUUUGAUUGGACACCACAGGUAUAUGGCUGCAUCUUCUGUGUCUGUCCUGGAUGAUUCCUGUGCUCUGUCCUACAGUACUGAUGUGACACUAGAGGAAGUGCAGUACUUUGACCUAUACCUGUCCCUCUUUAACCCCUGACCCACUGUUUGCCCUUUACCCCUUGCCCCGUAGCGUGAAGCAUUGUAAGCAUUUUGAGCUUUGUAUAGGUCAUUUUUUGAAUACAUAUUUUGUGUAUAAUGAAAAAAAACUGAAGUUCAUACUUUGGCCCCCAAAAAAACAAACAAUUUGUGUCAUGUAAUUAUAGCUUCAUUUAAAGAAAUGGUGAAAUAUAAAAAUAACAAACAUUUACUAUAAAUAAAUGAAAUGUUCUGCAGUAAGGAAGUACUUUUGGUGCCUUUACAAAUAAAGUCAAUCAAAUCAA